UUGCUAUUCUUUCGACACAGCGUCCAGCCCAAGUUCCUCAGGAAUCAGAUCAGAAGGGGUUGUCUAGGGGCCCUCAAUUUGGGUCAAAUCUUUCACACAGGAAAAACAGUCAAAGAACCUCUAUUUCCUUCUAGUUGCCAUAUACCAAAUCCCAACAAAAUCAUUAAUUUCUCUCUCCCCUAUUUCUGUACUCGGUGAUUCAUCGGCCUAUCAACCAAACAGUCCAACUGCAUACAAACCAAAAAAAUGUUAAAAAAGUUGGGGAGAAAAGUCAAGACCCUAAUCACAAAGCCCUUUAAAAGGCCUAAAAAACCUUGUAAACCCCCAAAAUCACCAUCUCCCUCACCAUCGCCAUCUCCACCAAUGUCGCCCCCAAAGCCCACAAAAUACUGCCCUUUUCUCUUUCCCGGAGUACAAUCCUCAGUUCUACCUGACCCUUCCGUGUUCUUCUCCCCAAAGCUCCUCUCAACUCCUCUUCCAACGAACUCUUUCUUCCAAAAUUUUACUCUAAAAAAUGGUGACCAACCUGAAUACAUCCAUCCAUAUCUCAUCAAAUCAGCUGACUCUUCCCUUUCUAUCUCCUACCCAUCUCACUUCCACAACUCUUCUUUCUUAUACCAAAUUUUUAUUUCUGAUCUAACCAUCUUUGCAACGGAUAGAACCAACCCAACUUCACAAAAAAACCAUAUAAUCUCGUCUUACAGUGAUCUAAGUCUCACUUUAGAUUUUCCCUGUUCAAACCUCCGUUUCUAUCUUGUCCGAGGGAGUCCCUUUUUAACCUGUUUUGUAACAGGCAAUACUCCAAUAUCAAUCUCAACGAUUCAUGCAAUUCUCUCAUUUUCUUCCAAUACUUCACUCACCAAGCAUACCAUUAAGCUUAACAACAAUCAAACUUGGCUUAUAUAUACAUCUUCAGCCAUCAGUUUGAAUCAUAGUCUUUCCUUGAUCACUUCUGGCGGGUUUUCGGGUAUUAUUCGGAUAGCUGUAUUGCCAGAUUCUGAUCCAACGUAUGAGUCAAUUCUUGAUCAGUACAGUUCAUGCUAUCCAAUCUCAGGUGAUGCGGUUUUAACUAAACCAUUUUGUUUAGAAUAUAAAUGGGAAAAGAAAGGUUGGGGGGAUUUGCUUAUGCUAGCACAUCCACUUCAUCUUAAUAUUUUAUCUAGAGAUGAUAGUGAGGUUACGGUUUUAGAGAAUUUUAAGUAUAAAAGUAUUGAUGGGGAGCUUGUUGGUAUUGUUGGUGAUUCAUGGGUGUUGAAACCACACCAGGUUUCAGUAACUUGGCAUUCUAUUAAAGGGGUGAAAGAGGAAUCGUAUCAUGAGAUUGUUACUGCACUUUCUAAGGAUGUCGAGGCCUUGGAUUCAUCGGCUAUAACAACAACAUCAUCUUACUUUUAUGGGAAGUUGAUAGCAAGAGCAGCAAGGUUGGCUUUGAUUGCUGAAGAAGUGUGUUUUCUUGACGUGAUUCCAGCGAUAAGGAAGUUCUUGAAGGAUACGAUUGAACCAUGGCUGGAUGGGACUUUUAAUGGGAAUGGUUUUCUGUAUGAUUCAAAAUGGGGUGGAAUUGUAACAAAACAAGGGUCCACUGAUUCAGGGGCAGAUUUUGGAUUUGGAAUUUACAAUGAUCACCAUUAUCAUAUCGGUUACUUCCUUUAUGCAAUAGCUGUCUUGGCCAAAAUUGACCCGGCAUGGGGAAGGAGGUAUAAGCCCCAAGCUUAUACACUUGUGGCAGAUUUUAUGAACUUAGGCAGGCGAUCAAAUUCGAAUUAUCCGCGUUUGAGGUGUUUUGAUUUGUAUAAACUGCAUUCUUGGGCUGGAGGGUUGACUGAAUUUGCAGAUGGACGGAAUCAAGAAAGCACCAGUGAGGCAGUGAAUGCAUAUUAUUCUGCUGCAUUGAUGGGGUUAGCCUAUGGAGACACUCAUCUUGUUGCCACUGGAUCAACACUGGCAGCAAUGGAGAUUCAAGCAGCACAAACAUGGUGGCAUGUAAAGGAGGGAGAUAAUCUGUACGAAGAAGAGUUCACCACAGAGAACAGAGUGGUGGGUGUUUUGUGGGCUAACAAGAGGGACAGUGGCCUUUGGUUUGCUCCUGCUGACUGGAGAGAGUGCAGGCUAGGAAUUCAGUUGCUACCCAUAUUGCCUAUCAGUGAGGUUCUGUUCUCAGAUAUUAGCUUUACUAGAGAGCUUGUGAACUGGACAUUACCAGCACUGGGAAGGGAAGGAGUAGGAGAGGGAUGGAAAGGGUUUGUCUAUGCCUUGGAAGCAAUCUAUGACAAGGAGAGUGCUUUGGAAAAGAUAAGAAACCUGAAUGGUUAUGAUGAUGGAAACUCACUUACUAAUCUGUUGUGGUGGGUUCACAGUAGGGGUGAUGAACAUGAAGAUAAAUUUGGUACAGAAGGCAAAUAUUGCUGGUUUAGUCACUAUUGUCAUUGACUUUGUUUAUCUUGUAUUGGGUUGGGUUGAAUAAACCAUGAAAUGUUGCUGGAACGAGGAACUUAUGUAGUUCUGCCAUUUUCAUGGCUGUGUUGCUUGAUGCUAUGUCAGAUACUUGCUAAAAUUUAUAUAAAUUUCCUAAUUAAAUGGAUUUA